GAAGGAUCCGGUACCAUCUUUACUCUUUCUCACUCUCUCUCCAUUAUAAUACCAGAGAAGAAGUAGAAGAAGAUGGAAGUCUCAAGGUCGGAUCAGUAGUGGAGGACAGUGGGUGUUGAGGAUUAUUGCUAAGCUAAGGUCUUAUUUCAAGCAGAAAAAAGGCAUUUUAGCUGCAGAGACCCAUCAAUCACCAAUCCACAAAUGGAGGAGAAAUGUGACUCUGCCGGCAACGCUGAGGUAAAGAAUGCAAAGGAGGAGUUUCAUCUCAAGCUCAAAACAAAAGAAAAGGGUACAAUGAUAGAAAAAGAAGAGAAGGAAGAGAUCAAGGUUGAAGUAAACACAAAAGCUGUGAAGAAAGAGAAGGGCAAGUUCAAGCAUGAAGACGACGAUGAUAAAUGCAGAAGUGAGAGUGAGGAGAAAACACAGAAAGAAGUGAAUGAUAGAGAUGUAGAAGCUGGAGAAGUUAAUACAAAGGACAAGGGGAAAGCCAAGAAGAAAGACAAGGGGUCAAAGGAUAAAGAAGAGAAGAUGAAAAAAGGUAAAUCAAACGACAAGAAGGAAGAAGAUGGAGAGUUGGUAGAAAAGGAUAAAUCAACAGUGAAAAAGAAAGAUGAGGAUUGUGACCAAAAGAACAAGAAGGAUGGGGAGACGAAGAAAGUUGAGAAGAAGGAAAAAGAGAAAGCAAAAAAGGACGAAGAUAGUGAGCGGGGGGAGAAGAGGAAACACAAAGAGAAGGAUGGAGAGCCAAAGAAAGAUAAGAAAAAGGAUGAGGAGGUGGAUGAGAUUAGCGAAUCGAAGAAAGACAAGAAAAAGGAGAAGGAUGAGAAGAAAGAUAAGAAAAAAGAUGAGGAGGUGGAUGAGAUUAGCGAGUCGAAGAAAGACAAGAAAAAGGAGAAGGAUGAGAAGAAAGAUAGGAAAAAGGAUGAGGAGGUGGAUGAGAUAAGCGAGUUGAAGAAAGAUGAGGAAAAGGAGAAGAAGGAUGAGAAGAAAAAGGACGAAGCUAAAAAAUCAAAGGAAGAUAAGAAAAAGGAGAAAAAGAAGGACAAACACGAUGAGUCCAAAGUAGACAAAAGUGAUGCCAAGGAAGUCUCACAAAAAGAACUAAAGAAUGGUGACAAACCUUGUGAACACAAAGAUACUGAGGAGAAGAAUAAACAUGGAGAUUCGGAGGGUGAAGAGAUGGAAUGCAAGCAAGAGCUCAAGGAAAAAAAGAAACUGAAAGAGAAAAAUAGUGAAGAAAAGGAAAAGACGAAAAAGAAAACCAAGGAUAGUGAACAUGAAUUGAAGGUAGAAAAAGAGGACGAUACCGAAAACAAGAAAAGCAAGAAGGAAAAGAAGGGAAUAGUGACAGUAGCAGACCAAAUGACACAUGAAGAUCUUCAAAACAAGCUUGAGAAAGAUUUGGAGCACAAAACGGAGUCGGCACAUGCUGAAGCCAAAUGCAAGGUUGGGGGUGAUUCAAAUGAAGAUGAACACAAGGUCAGAGAGGCAGAAGCUAUGAAAGAGGAAGCAGAUGAAGAUGGUAAGAAGAAAAAGGAUAAAAAAGACAAGAAAAAGAAGGAAAAAAGCGAAGGUGAAGCAACUGAGAAGGAGGACAAGGGAGAGAAGAAGAAGGAGAAGCUUGAUGGAAGGGAGAAGAAGAAUGUUGGGAAGCUCAAACAGAAGUUAGAAAAGAUUGACGCCAAGAUGGAAGAUCUACAAGCCAAAAAGGCCGACAUCUUGAAACUGAUACAAGAAGCAGAAGGGGGAGGUCGAGAGGUGGAAAUACCCAAGGAAGAGUAAAUGGCAAUGCAACUUAGCUUUCUAAUGUGUUCCGAGGGUGGCUUUUGUUAGCUUAUGUCACUUUUCGAUCUAUAGUGUGUGUCUAUGUAAGCAUUAAUACAAGAUCAUAGUAAUCAAGUUGAAUGUGA